AUGUUUCGAAUUCUUGAAUCACAAGCUCCGGCCAAACAAACAGCCACAGACACAAUCGAUGUAUUGAGCAGUAGACUGCAGAAUGCAACACUCUUGGAGGAUCGUCGAGCAGCAAUCCAAGGCCUCAGAAGCUUCGCAAAGCUCUACCCCGCGUCAGUUGCAUCUGGCGGUCUACGGUCAUUGAUCAGUAGUCUGCAAAAUGACGGCGAGGAUGUGGACACCAUCAAAGUGGUCCUCGAGACCCUAUUGAUGCUUUUCUCGCCAGAUGAGUCUAGUCCUGAAGCAUCAGAUGAGAUAGCUCUGUGGCUGGCGGACUCGUUUACUCAGCGACAAGAUAACAUCACUACCCUCCUCGAUCUCCUCGAAGCCCGAGAAUUCUACUCUCGCCUGUACUCUCUGCAAUUGAUGUCUCACAUCUGCAACGCACGACCGGAACGAACACAAGAGUGCAUUUUCACUGCGCCGUUAGGCAUCUCCAAGCUAGUCAAUGUUCUAACCGAUUCAAGGGAACCAGUUCGGAACGAGGCCCUUGUCUUGCUCAUUGCUCUUACACCUACAUCCGAAGAAUUGCAGAAGCUCGUGGCAUUCGAGAAUGCAUUCGAGAUUCUCCUUGAUCUUAUAAAUAAGGAAGGGGCAUUAAGUCUCGGAACUGAAGUUGUCGAAGAUUGCUUGUCCUUGUUGGCUCAUCUGCUAAGAUUCAAUGUUUCCAACCAAUCGUCUUUCCGAGAGACUGGCUGUGUAAAGAAGGUUACACACCUUCUACAUGAAUGCCAACAAGAGCCAGAAGGCGACGAGGCGCUGCCACAGUGGACUUUAGUCCACCGGGACAAGAACGUGUGGGGCCUAUUGGCUAUCAUACAACUGUUUUUGAUCCGUGGGGGUGUAACAACCCCUGUGAAUCAAACUGCAUUCUGGCAAAAUGGCGUGACAGAACAAGUUUUAAGCAUUGCAUUCGGUCAAAGAUUUAGUGUCAGCGUAACCUCAAAGGCACUGUCAACCUGCGCCGAUCUUAUUCGUGGAAAUUCGCCUCUGCAAGAGAGGUUCGGUGACAUAGAGGUCUUGUGGGGCUCUUAUGCUCGCAGUGAUGCAGGUAGCAAUGGCGAGUCUAAGGAACCUUUACGAAUCAAUGUCAUUGAGGCAUUCCUGAAACUCAGCCUUGAGCCCGCCCCCAAUAGCUUACUCGACGCCCGCCUUGCGGCUUGUGAAUGCAUGAAAGCGUUUUUUGCUCACCAUUCCGGAAUUCGCAUGCAUGUGCUCAGACGAGCCAUUGAAGGUCACAUUAGUGGACAGGAUGCUAUUCCGAACAUUAUGUCUGUUUUGCUCACAGCCCCAGAAUCUCGAGGAAAUGCCGACCCAUAUCAGGUGUGGAUGGCCUGUGUCCUCAUGUUCCACUUGAUUUUCGAUGAUACCGAAGCGAAGGCAACUGCUAUGAAAGUCACUGAAGGCGACGCUGAAAGUGGAGAAGAAGUCGUCACAAGUGUACAGUCAGUGGUUGGAAACCUUAUCACUGGACUCCAGCGCGGCGACGAUGAAAGAAUCACGGUCGGUUACCUGAUGCUACUCUGUGGCUGGUUGUUCGAGGACCCAGAUGUCGUCAAUGAUCUCCUUGGAGAGGGCAGUAGCAUCCAAACCUUGCUUCAAGAAAUCAAGCACCAACGUGCUCCCAGCAAGCUGAUACCUGGCCUUUGCACUGCACUCCUGGGUAUUAUAUAUGAAUUUUCCACCAAGGAUUCACCAAUCCCUCGCCUCACGCUCCACAAGCUCCUCAUGGAACAACUCGGCAGAGAACAGUACAUUGACAAGAUCACCCGGCUCCGAGAGUGUCCCCUGGUUCGUGACUUUGAAGUCCUGCCCCAGAAUGCGGGCAGCCAGCUUGAGGGCGGACUACCAGAGGUCUUUUUCGACCGCGCAUUCGUUGAAUUCCUCAAGGACAACUUUAGCCGCUUGCUGCGUGCCAUUGAUCGUGAGCCUGGGUUCGAGAUCUCGGUUGUCGCCAACGGGGUGGAAAAGGGAGUCUCGCGUGAUCUUGUGGAUUCUUUGCGGGUUGAAAUCGAAGAUCGGACUCAAACACUUCAAAAAUUGGAGUCUGACAUUGUGGACAUCCAGAGGAAGCUGGAUCAGGAGCAACUAGAUCACCAAAAGACAAAGGAAUCUGGCACCAUGGAACUGUUAAGGUCCCAGCAGUCCAGCCAAUCUCUUCAGCAGGCCCAUGCACAAGAGCUUUCACAGCAACUGGCAAAACUGGAAGACCAACACACUCGUUCCAGAAACGAACUAUUGAAGCAGCAUGGCGAGCAGAUUCGAGCCCUCGAAAACCAACUCAAGCAGGCUUCGGCGGCAACUGCAGGCCACACCAAGCAAGCGAAUCAAGCCAGAGAGCAGCAUGAACGGGAGGUAUCUGGUCUGCAGCAGAAAAUCCGUGGCAUGGAGGCAGAGCUCACUCGCAUCCGUGGGCAACACACAGUAGAGACUGCCGAUUUCAACAAAAAAAUCCAGGAGUUGAAAAACACCAUCAGCCAAUCAAAGACUGCACACGGCAAUCAGGUGGUGACUCUCGAAAAGAAGAUCCAAAUCCUGGAAAGCAUCAAGGCAACCAAUGAUGGACAGCUUGGUGACCUGAACAAAAAGACCCAAGAAUUACAGAAUACGAUUAAUAAGUCAAACGAUGCUCACAGUACAGAGGUCACUCGUCUUCAAAAGAAGAUUGAAGAUAUGGAGGCAGUCAAGAAAUCCCACGACGGACAAGUCGCAGGUCUUGAAAAGAAUGUUCAGGAUCUAGAGGCGGCUAAAAAGUCCCAGGCCGAACGGGUUGAAAGCCUUGAGAAGAUUAUUCAGGACUUGGAGUCAACUAAGAAAUCCCACGAUGGACAAGUUGCCGAACUUACCAAGAAGCUGUCGGGAUUCCAGAACACAAAGGAAGCCCACGAUGGUCAGAUUACCGACUUCACCGAGAAGCUUCAGACUCUGGAAUCGACGCUGGCCACAACUCAACAGCAACACGCAAAGGAAGUCAGCGAUCACAAGAGCAAGAUUGCUGCCCUAGAGACCAGUCUCUCAACUGCUUCACAAGAGCAUGAGACUGCGACAACUGGUCAUAAGGAUAAGGUCAAAGCUCUGGAAUCAAAGCUGAGAAAGGCUGAAGAGGAACAUGAAACGAAGGUUUCCACCUUGAAGAAAUCCGUCACAAGCCUGGAGUCAGACCUUGCCGAGGCCCAGAAAUCCAGCAAGGAUCUCGAGACAGCUCAAGAAGGCAGCACAUCCCAAACGUCUGCACUGGAAGCACGGGCCAAGGAAGCAGAGAGCAAAGCCAAGGAGGCCGAGUCCCACGCUCGCACUGCAGCGGAGGCUCUGAAGGCUAUUCAGGAACAGCUUGACAAGGCCAACGCGGAUGCCAAAGAAAAGGAGGAAGCUCGCCAGUCAGCACAAUCGGAACUGGAGGACCUCCUCAUUGUAUUUGGAGACCUAGAGGCUAAGAGAACCGAAGACAAGGCACGGCUCAAGGAGCUUGGCGAGGAGGUUUCUGAGGCUGAGGAUGAUGAGGAUGAGGAUGAAGAUGAGGACGAUGCAUGA